CCCUUUAAGAACGGCGGCGGCCGCGGCGCGCAGGGAGGAGGGCAGGGAGCGAGCGCUCCGAGCUGCGCCGAACUCGCCGGGAACGUCGGGCGCCGGCUCCCUGGCUCGCUCGCUCGCUGCGACCCGCUCCCUGCUCCUCCUCCCGGGACUUCGCGGGGACCUGGGCCCCGUCGGGCGCAGGGCGAGCAGAGUCCCCGGGCGGAAGGUGCGCGCUCUGGGCAGCACCCGGCCCCGGGCAUGGACAGAGGGAGGUGGGCGCGCAGGGGGCGCCGCGGGACCGGGCGGCCGGAGCGCUGAGCCAGACAAAGGCUCAGGAGUUGCGCCUGCUCUCGGGAGCCCGGCCCCCGGCGCCGAGGCUGCGGGACCCCGCGGCGGGCGGCUCCAGCCAGCCCCCUCCCCCGCGGGCCGGCCCCGCGCGCCCGGACCUGCCCUGCCCGCUGCUCCUCGGGCGUGGGAAUUUGCGAGGGAACCUAAGCGGCUCCGCGGACACCCGGACCGGGAGGUCUGCCGCGCGCCCGCCGGGCGGGGAGCCAGGGAGCGUCGCAAGUUUCCGAGCCGCGUGCGGGGACCCGGUGCCAGCGAGGGAGCGAGCCCCGCGUGCAGCUCCCCGGGCCGGCUCCGAGACCAUGGGCAGCGACCGGAGCGCGCCCGGACGGCCGGGCUGGGCGGGCAGCCUCUUUGGCGGCCGGGAGGCGGCGGUGCGGCCGCGACUGCUGCCGCUGCUCCUGGUGCUUGUGAGCUCCCUGGGCCGCGGCGCCGCGGCGGAGGACACUGAAGUCAAUGCCGAGAACUGGCUGCGGCUCUACGGCUACCUGCCCCAGCCCAGCCGCCACAUGUCUACCAUGCGCUCUGCCCAGAUCCUGGCCUCAGCCCUCGCCGAGAUGCAGCGCUUCUAUGGGAUUCCCAUUACGGGUGUGCUUGAUGAAGAGACCAAGGCGUGGAUGAAGCGGCCCCGCUGUGGGGUGCCGGACCAGUUUGGGGUUCAUGUGAAAGCCAAUCUGCGGCGGCGGCGGAAGCGCUACGCUCUCACUGGGAGGAAGUGGAACAACCACCACCUGACCUUCAGCAUCCAGAACUAUACAGAGAAGCUGGGCUGGUACCACUCGCUGGAGGCGGUGCGCAGGGCCUUCCGCGUGUGGGAGCAGGCCACGCCCCUGCUCUUCCAGGAGGUGCCCUACGAGGACAUCCGGCUGCGGAGGCAGAAGGAGGCUGACAUCAUGGUACUCUUUGCCUCUGGCUUCCAUGGCGACAGCUCACCAUUCGAUGGCACAGGUGGCUUUCUGGCCCAUGCCUAUUUCCCUGGCCCUGGUCUGGGCGGGGAUACCCAUUUUGAUGCAGACGAGCCCUGGACCUUCUCCAGCACUGACCUGCAUGGGAACAGCCUCUUCCUGGUAGCAGUGCACGAGCUGGGCCAUGCACUGGGGCUGGAGCACUCGAGCAACCCCAGCGCCAUCAUGGCCCCAUUCUACCAGUGGAUGGACACCGACAACUUCCAGCUGCCCGAGGAUGACCUCCGGGGCAUCCAGCAGCUCUAUGGCACCCCAGAUGGUCAGCCACAGCCCACCCGGCCCCUCCCCACCGUGACUCCCCGGCGGCCAGGCCGACCAGACCAUCGGCCCCCCAGACCUCCCCAGCCACCACCCCCAGGUGGGAAGCCAGAGCGGCCCCCGAAGCCAGGCCCCCCAGCCCAGCCCCGAGCCACGGAGCGGCCUGACCAAUAUGGCCCCAACAUCUGCGACGGGGACUUUGACACAGUGGCUAUGCUACGUGGAGAGAUGUUCGUGUUCAAGGGCCGCUGGUUCUGGCGGGUCCGGCACAACCGCGUCCUGGAUAACUAUCCCAUGCCCAUUGGGCACUUCUGGCGUGGUCUGCCCGGUGACAUCAAUGCUGCCUAUGAGCGCCAAGACGGGCGCUUCGUCUUUUUCAAAGGUGACCACUACUUUCUCUUCCGGGAAGCAAACCUGGAGCCUGGCUACCCACAGCCGCUGACCAACUACGGCCUGGGCAUCCCCUAUGACCACAUCGACACAGCCAUCUGGUGGGAGCCCACAGGUCACACUUUCUUCUUCCAAGAGGACAGGUACUGGCGCUUCAAUGAGGACACACAGCGUGGAGACCCCGGCUACCCCAAGCCCAUCAGUGUCUGGCAGGGAAUCCCCGCCUCCCCCAGAGGGGCCUUCCUGAGCCACGAUGCAGCCUACACCUACUUUUACAAGGGCACCAAGUACUGGAAGUUUGACAACGAGCGCCUGCGAAUGGAACCCGGCUACCCCAAGUCCAUCCUGCGGGACUUCAUGGGCUGCCAGGAGCACAUGGAGCCGGGACCCCGAUGGCCCGACGUGGCCCGUCCGCCCUUCAACCCUGACGCGGGUGCAGAGCCUGGGGCAGGCAGCGACAGCCAGGAGGGCGAGGAGGGCCGUGAAGUCGGCCCGGGUGGCGGAGAGGGGGACUUUGGGGCCGGCACAGACGAGGGCAGCCGCGUGGUGGUGCAGGUGGAGGAGGUCGCGAGGACGGUGAAUGUGGUGGUGGCACUGGUGCCCCCACUUCUGCUGCUGCUUGGCAUCCUGGGCCUCGCCUACGCCCUGGUGCACAUGCAACGCAAGGGCGCACCCCGCAUGCUCCUCUACUGCAAACGCUCUCUGCAGGAGUGGGUCUGACCCUGCACAGCCCUUCCUGCUCCCCACGGUGCUACGGGCAGGGUGGCAGCGCCUGUGAUUCUGAGAUGCCUCCUAGGGCACCCAGCAAGAGCCUUCCUCCGCUCCCUAAACCCUGGGCGGGGGCACCUCCAGGCCCUCUGGCAUCCCCGCCAGCCCUUUCCCCGUUGUUUAUUUAUGCCCAGGUAUCUUUUUUUGCACACUAAUUGAGCAUUCUUUCUACUUUCCUGACCAGAGGUGGUUCCUCAGGGCAGGGGUUAGAGCUUUCUAAAGGCAGUUCUGCUCCAGACAGGGAAUUGGGCCCCACCCACCUCUGGCUUGGCCACGGCUGGAGGAGCAGAGGGUCAGAAGGCCCCGGGGAAGAGUUCCUGAAGGGCUGCUGAGGCUCAUGCCCUGGGACCCCUCAGCCUGAGCUCUGGCCAGGACCUCAGGCUCCUUCAGCCUUGGAGGCUGGUGGGGCCUGACUGGCUUCCACCCACCCGAUCUCCCCCUGCCUUAGGAAGAGCUUUUGCCCAGGAGCACCCCCCAGGCUGGAGGGGACAUAUCGAAGCAGGGGGGCGCUCAGGGCCGUGAGUCUGUGUUGAGUUUUGUUCCUUCCCGGCCCACCUCUGACAGUCCCAGCAACCUGGGCCCUGCGUUCCUGGUCAGCCAAGGGGUCCUCAGCCCCCAUUUACCGUGUACCCCUUGAGCCCACACCUCCUUCCCUCUGUGGAGAAGGAGCCCUGUGCCUGCCUUAGCAAGGACCAAAGGGGGUCUGCCAAGGUCCCUCCCCCGGAGAGCCUCGCCCUCAGGCUGGGCUGCUCGCCCCUGUCCACUUUCUCCUCUCUGAGCAGUGACCCACCUGGGCCCCUUCCCUCGGCUUCCUCCAGCCUCUCUCACCCACACCGCUGUCCCCAGGAGCCUCAGCACUGCUCCAGCCUCAGGGUGCAGCCGCCACUGUCCCAGCUGUCCCAGGGAGAGAGGAGGCUGAUGGGUGCCUAGGCUGGGGUAGUGGAUAUCCACAGACAUGUGCCUGGGGGUUCCUCCCCUCCAGCUCCCUGUCCCCCAGGGCACUGGGAGGAGGGACACGUGGGGAAAAGCCAGCAGAUUGUCCCUCCCACCCCACAGACACAGUGGGAUCCCAUUGUGGCCUGGAGACUCCCCUCCUCCAGAGCUUAGCCCUGAGGACAGAGAUACUUCCUCUUUUUCCUUCCCAAAGUAAGCAGAAGGAGAGGCUGCUGUGGGAAAUGGUACUGUACAGCCGGCUCUGUCCCCUCUGCCUCUGCGCAGGCCUGAGCAAGGGUCCACCACCCAGAAUCCCCAGGGCCCCUGGAGGGAGGGGAUUCUCAUGGGUCUGGCCCUGAACACAGGUCUAGCAGCUUCCAACCCCCUCCAUCCUCAGAGCCAGCCAAGGUGGGUGGGGAGUCAGUGUCUACCCCCAUAUGUUUCUUUCUGUAAAUAACUGCACUGAUUAAAUCAUAUGGCCGGCAA